AUGUCAGAAGAGCAUGCUCUGGGACGUGUGGCGCCUACCACAUCGCAUCAUCCUGAACCUGGCACGGCGGGCGAUGCGGCGCGAGAGCACUAUGAAGUCCUAACAUCAGCGUACCCGGAGCGGAGCUGCUUCAUUUUCAGAAAGGCUUCCAGGCUCAGAAAAACUUCUGUUCUCAUAAGCCAUAACCGGCUUUUUGAAAACUUUGUAUUCUUCGUUAUUAUAUGCAAUUGCGUCACGCUGGGACUUGGCAGCAACCGGCAAGGUUUCGAUGAGACGUCCUUGGGAAAAAUCGUGGCAAGAAUCGACUAUGUAUUCAUAGCCGUGUUCACGCUGGAGAUGCUUCUGAAGGUCAUCUCCAUGGGUUUCGUGCUUGAGAAGGGCACCUACCUACGCGACGGCUGGAAUGUUCUGGACUUCCUAGUUGUGGUGGUCAGCUAUGUGGGCCUUGUGGCCCCCCAGAAUUUGACGGGGCUGAGGACCAUUCGGGCUCUGCGGCCUCUGCGGACUGUCAAACGGAUCAAGGGCAUGCGGGUGCUGGUGACCACCAUCAUCGGCUCCCUGCCCAUGCUGUUCGACGUGUUCGUGCUGUGCACCUUCACCUUCUUCCUGUUCGGGAUCAUCGCGGUGCAGCUGUUCGCCGGGGUGCUCAGGAACAGAUGCGGCUCCCCGGAUCUGGCCGGCGCCUACAACGUCACAACGGCGGGAAUUGCGGAUGGAGGUGGCCAUGGAGGAGGUGGCUACGGUGGUGUGGUGGUCGCCAACGUGAGCUAUCUGGUACCUGACGACCAGACGGAGGACAUGUGCAGUGGGCCGCUCAGCUCGGAGGUGGAGUGGUACUCGUCCAAUGACGGGCCGAAAGCUGUGCCAGGCAAGCCGUAUGCCGGCCGCGCUUGCGACAGCGGCAUGUACUGCACGUGGUACGGCAACCCGUACAACGGCUUUCUCAGUUACGACAACAUUUUGUGGUCAUGGCUCACUAUCUUCCAGCACAUCACGUUAUCGGGUUGGAGCGAUGUGAUGUAUCUGGUGAUGGAUGCCGUCAACUACUGGGUCUGGAUAUUCUACGUGGGCCUCGUCAUUUUUGGAGCUUUCUUCAUGAUUAAUCUGGCACUGGCGGUGCUGUCAGUCAACUUCUCCACGGACAACUUGCGUGAGCAGCUGAAGGGGGAGGAGGGGGGGCAGGAGGAGGGGCAGCCGGGCAGGGCUGAUACUUCCGCUCCUGCAGCAGCUGCUGAACCUGAUACAGCCGGCAGGGACGGGAUUGGCGCCGCUGCCGGUGAGAAGAACAGGAACGGGAAGGAUGCCCGGCUGGAUGGCAAGGAGGAGGAGGAGGAGGAGGAGGAGGGCGAUGGGCAGCUGCCGCCUUUAUCCCUGUACAACGUGAUGGCCAAACUCAGAAUGCGGAAGAUGGGGGCCACGGAUGAUGAGGAUCCCACCAUCGCCACGGGCAGUCCCCCCCCGCCGGACCUGGGUCGGCUGCGGCGCCUGACCUGGCGUGUGGCCGUCAGCAGGGGCAUGGAGCUCACCACCGCGGCGCUCAUCCUGGUCAACACAGCCGUCAUGUGCGUCAACUGGUACGGCAUGCCGUACAAGGUGGAGCGGGCCACGGACUACAUCAACUACGGCCUCACGGGCUACUUCGCGGUGGAGCUGGCGCUUCGGAUUACGGCGUUCGGUUGGGUCCGGUUCUUCCGUCAGGGCAUGAAUAUCUUCGACGCUAUCGUGGUGGCUGUGUCGCUGAUAGAGAUGAUCAUCGACCUGGUGCCCAGCCUGUCCGGUGCGGGGCCGCUGUCGGUGCUGAGGGCGUUGCGGCUGCUGCGCAUCUUUAGGCUGGCUAGGAACUGGCGGGAGUUCAAUGCCAUCAUUCUUGGCAUGUACAACUCGGUACAGGCGUCCAUCAUGUUGGUGGGCCUUAUGUUGCUGUUCCUUUUCAUCUCCUCGCUCCUGGGCAGAGAGCUCUUUGGUUACAAUGUACUUUACGACAGCGGCAGGUUCAUGUUUUGUGACUACGUGUCAGGCUCCCGCCCCGUGUGUCCGCCGGGUCACCGUGUGUGGGGCCAGUGCCCCAACCACUUCCACUGCUACCUGCCCUGCGCGGAAGACCAGCUGGGAGCCUGGGUGGAGGCGCCGGGGUCGUUCUACAACGGCCUGGCCUACUGCGAGCGCUUCUGCGAUAACGCGGAGGCCGCGGCGGCAGAGGCAGCUGAUGCCAGCAACGGCAAUAACGGCAGCAACACCACGUCCGGCAGCCCGGUGUCUGGUGGGGCGGUCUUGGGCGGGUGCGAGUACCUGGCCAUGGUGGGCAAGUCGCAGGUGCCCAGGGCCAACUUUGACAACGUGUUUUGGGCCAUGUACUCGGUGUUUCAGGUGCUGACUGGAGAGAACUGGAACGACAUGAUGUACGAUGGCAUGCGCACCGUCUCCCAGUGGGCCUCGCUGUACUUUGUUGCCGUCAUCGUUAUCGGCAACUACCUGGUCUUCAACCUCUUCAUCGCCAUCCUGCUGGACAACCUGAGUGUCAAGGUCGAGGAAACACCGCCCGAGGACUCCGAGGCUCGUGCGGACGGCACAACCUCAACAAACUCAACCACCUCCAGCUCAGGCCAAGUUUCAAUCGCAGCUCCGAGCGAGCUGCCGCCCGGCAGUGGCGGCGGUGGUGAUGGCGGCCGUGGCGGGGUCACGGACGCAGCGGAGGCAGCUGGGGGGAGGCAGCUCGACAGCGGCCGGUCAGCAGCAGCAGAAGGAAGAGGACGACAGAGGACGAGUCUAAGCAGCCGGGGCGAUGGUACAGAGCGUGACGAGUGGGCCGGCAGCCCUGCAGCAGCCGCUGAGCCUGAGACUGGAACGGAUCAACAGCAGCAGCAGCAGCAGGGCCCCAGCCCCAACUCCAGCCCGAGCCUGGGCAAGGCCUUAGGUCAUCAGCCAGGGGCUGCUGUACGCUCGUCCAGUGCACCUCAGGGUCCACCAGGCGACGGCGGUGGAAGGUCUCCACCAGGGGCUGCUGCUACCGCGGCGGCCAAUCCCGUUGGUGGUGGUGGUGGUGGUGGUGCUACUGCAGUGCCUGUGGCCGAGGGGAGACUUGUCACGGGAGGGAAAGAGGAGGACGACGAAACGGAGGCGGCGGAGAAAAAGGAGACAGCAGAAUCCGCAAUGCGCGUGACUAUUGAUAUGCACGCCUGGGCCUUUUGCCAGCCGACCCGGCAGAUGGAAUCGCCCGCUGCGGCGCUGGCGGAGGCUUCUGAGGUGGCGCCGCCGCCUGGUGGUGGGGCUGGUGGUGGUGGUGCAGCAUCCUCCCCGCGGGCACUCCACGGGGGCAAGGGCGGCCUGAAGGGGGGUAAGGAGGAGGCGGGCGGCUCCGUCCACACAGCUGCCAAAGUCCGUUGGGACGACUCGGCUGCAGCGCUGCCGCCACCGCCAACUAGCACAUCUGACAAACCUAAAGAUAAGGAGCAGCAGCAGGAGCCAUCGGGAUUGGAGGAUGGCUGGGCCAGGGUCCAGGAAGAUGGGGCUGAUAAUGGGCCGAUGAUGAGUGGGAUGUCCCAUCAGCGAGAAAUCUCCCUUGCGGCUUUUGCAGGCCUGUUAGAGGCGGCGGGUGACGUGUCGGUGGCGUCCUGGCCACAUCCGGAGCAUCCCCGUCCGCGCAGGGAGGUCUCCCAGAGCCGCAUCCCUCGCCAAUCCUCCAAGUCCGUGCUCGUACACCUCAAGUCGUUCAGCAGCAAGCUGGGGGCGAAGGGGCGCGCGGCGGUGGGCCCGGUCUGGCAGGGCGCGGUGCAGGGCCGUUCGCUGCUGGUGUUUAGGCACAAUAGCUGGCUGCGGCACGGUGCGGCUACCUUAGUCCACAACGGCUGGUUCGAGGCGGUCAUUCUGCUGCUCAUCCUGGCAUCGUGCGUGUGUCUGGUGCUGGAUGCGCCCUCCCUAAAUCCGGAAUCUCGACUUGCGCUGGCGCUGCGCAUCUUGGAUUACAUCUUCACCGGUGCAUUCACACUGGAAGCCGUGCUCAAGAUUGUGACGUUUGGCUUUGCGUUCACUGGCAGGCACGCCUACAUCCGCAACGGCUGGAAUGUGUUGGAUUUGCUGAUUGUGUUGGUCGGCUGGGUGUUCAUCAUUGUGGAGGUAAUUGGAGUGGGAGCGGAAAACGUCAAGAUGCUGCGCGUGCUGCGUACUCUGCGCGCGCUGCGGCCGCUGCGGGCAGUACAGCGCUUUCCGGGGCUGCGAGUGGUGGUGAAUGCGUUGUUCGCGGUGCUUCCGGCCAUGUUGAACGUGGCGCUGGUGUGCGUGUUUUUCUACCUCAUCUUCGCCAUCCUGGCGGUCAACCUGUUCAAGGGCAAGCUGUACAACUGCGUGGAUGCGGCCAGUGGGGAGCGGAUUGAUCCGUACUACGUACUGCCGUACGGUCAGCAGCUGACGCGCUCGUGGUGUGAAGCUGGCAACCAGACCAUCUCCCAGUCGGCGUAUUACAGCGCACUCAACGUAUCCAUGCCGGAGUACUCGAUAUUAACGCAGUGGGUCAACGCCGCGAACAACUUCGACAACGUGGGCGUGGCGCUGUUGACGUUGUUCCAGGCCGCCACACUCUCCCUGUGGGUGGACAUCACCUUUUCCGCCGUGGACGCCGUGGGUGCGGACAAGCAGCCCCUAUGGAACCACAGCCCGCUCAUCAUUUUGCUCUUCAUCCUAUUCAUCGUUGUCUGCAGUUUCUUCGUGCUCAACCUCUUCAUCGGCGUCACGUUGGAGAAGUUCGCUGAGCUGCAUGAUGCGGAGAAGGCGGCCAUGUCUGUUGACCUAACACCCGCCCAGCAGGCCUGGGUGGAUACGCAGAUGCUGCUGCUCCGUACACGCAUGCAGUACAAGCCGCCGCGGCCCAGCAACCGCGUGCGCCUGCUGCUGUACAUCGCGGUGUCCCACCGGCUGUUCGACGCCUUCAUGUUGGUGGUCAUCGUGUGUAAUGUGGUGCUGAUGGCUAUGGUGCACGUGGGCAUGUCGUCUACAUGGCAGGAUCUCAUGUCGUACAGCAAUGUCGUGUUCACGUGUAUCUUCGUGGUGGAGGCACUUCUCAAGUUGUCCGCGUUCGGCCCUCUGGGUUAUUUCCGCGACCGCUGGAACUGCUUUGACUGCUUCGUGGUGCUGGUGUCCGUGGCGUCGGUGGCUCUGGACUACAGCAACACACGCAACGUCAGCUUCAUGCCCCUGCUGCGGGUGCUGCGGGUGGCGCGAGUGGCCACUGGUAUGCAGAAGCUGCUCCUCACCUUGUACAACUCGCUCCCCGCACUGGCCAACGUGGGUGGUGUGAUGCUGCUGUUCUUCUUCAUAUUCGCCGUCAUCGGCGUCAACCUGUUUGCCGGCAUCAAGCAAGGCGACAACCUGAACCGCCAUGCCAACUUCGACAACUUCCCCAACGCAAUGCUGCUGUUGUUCAGGAUGCUCACAGGCGAGGGCUGGAACGGCCUCAUGCUGGACUGCAUGAGAACCGGCGACUGCGUGACGGUGCUGCACGACAUCAACAUUACAACAACCACUACAACCACCACCACCACAACCAGCGCAACCACCACAACCUCAGCCUCCCUCUCUCCUCUCUCCUCUCCCGUGGGCCCCUUCCUCUCCCCUCCUCCUUCUUCCUCGUCCUCGUCCUCCUCCUCUUACCUAACCCCCAACACCGCUACCUCCUCUUCCUUUCCCAUCACCUCCCCGGCCAACUCCACCCCUACCUCCCUUGCCGCCACCACCGUCUUCCUGUCCGCCGGCACGUACCUGGACCCCUCGGAUCCGCUACUGGCUGCCCUGCCCUCCGACGCCACGGACAACCAAUGCCCCCUCAGUCCCUUCGCCGCCGUCGUCUACUUCCCCGUCUUCGUGGUGCUGUGUACCUUCAUUCUGUUGCAGCUGGUGAUUGCGGUUCUGCUCGAAAACCUGACUCAGGCCGAAUCUGAAGCGGGGUUGCCCAUCCCUAGGACUUGCUUCGACAGCUUCGUGGACGCCUGGUCGAAUGUGGACUGCUCCGCCAGCGGCUUCAUCCACGCCUCCCAGCUGGUGUCGCUGGUGGCGGCCACGGAGGAGCCGCUGGGCCGGGCAGGGCGGGUGAACUGCCGCCUGGAUGCUCAGGAGUUGCUGCUGCAGCUGGACAUACCCCUGUACGCGGGGAACAAGGUGUGUUUCAUUGAGGUGUUGUACGCCUUGUCGGGUGCAGUGUGCGGGGCCGUGCUGCCCCCCGAAGUAGAGGACGACAUGGUGGAGGUGCUGAGCAGGAGGUUGCCGCCUGAGGAGCCCUGUCGGGACCAUGCAGCUCGACAUUACCACGCCGCGGUGGCGGUGGCUGCGGCCAUUCGCGGUUUCCUGCUCCGCCACACCUUCCGCAGCCAGCUGCUGCUGGUGGACCCAGCCAACCCGGACGGCAGCCCAGCCGCCGCAACUGCCGCCGCCAUCGGAGCACAAGUGGGCUGCGAGACGCUCAUCAACGGACACAGGCUGGGCGAUAUACGGCGGGAGCUUGGGGCGGGGGCGGGGGCGGGGGCGGAGGGCAGCAGCUACACACUGCUCCCAUCUUCCCGGCUUCGGCGCCCCAUCCUGGCCAAGCUGCCGCCCAUUGCACCGCUGCGGGGCCGCCAGCCCCCUGGUGGUGGGGGCCCCACCGCUGCUGGCGUACCUGGAGGCGGUGGCAACAGCGGCGGUGGUGAUCAUAAGCCGCCCUUAGGGUUGCUGCAGCCGGCGCCUAUGGCGGCAGCUGGGGUGAAGGGUGAGGAGCAGGAGGAGCGGGCAGAGCGGCGGGUAGGCGAUGACGGUGCACGCGGCCCGGGCAGGUGGCCACCACCCAGCGUGUCGUUAUCAUCGUUAUCAUCAUCGUCACGGAGGGGCCGCUGGAGGGAGGUGUCGCUGCCGGCAGUGCGGCCUCAGUCGGUGCGGCUGCAGGAGCGAUCACGGCUGGGAGUCAUGGCGGGGACAUCAGACCCUACGGCGCCACCAUCACUACCCAGAGCCCUGGGGCUGCCUUCAGAGCAGCAGCAGCAGUCACAAUCGCGGCUAUCAGUGGACGGGCGACUGCCUGGCCGCCGCAAUGUGGUCCUGCUGCCCAGUCUGUCCGGAUAUUCACCCAGAUCGCCCAGUGCUAGUGCUAGUGCUAGUGCUAGUGGGGGGCCGGGGGCUGGGGCAAUGAGUGUGAGUGCGGGUGCUAGUGGGGUUGGUGGUGCUGGGAGGCUUUGA